AUGUACUUUAAAUUAAAUAAUUUGUCAUAAGGUUCCAUAAGAUGCGCUACUCAACCGGACGUUCCCCUAAUAAACAAAUGAUGCAGUGAUAAUUGAUCCAUUCAAUAAUCUUUAAUCAUAAUCAUCUUCAAAUCACAUCCUUAUUUAUUUUUCUUCUCUUUCUUUUUGAGAAAUUGAGCAUAACAUAACUCUUUCUAUGCUCAACUAGCCAUAGCCAUAGCCAUAGCCAUAUCCACUAUUAUCAAUAUCAUUUUUUCUUUAUACCACCGACACCUUCUAAGUGUGAUUAAGGGUCAAUAUUAUUCACUAAUACGAAAUUGACAGUGGGUUUUACAAGCUUAUAUGUGAUUGUGAGAGUGAAUAAAGCAUUGCUAAAUUCACUAUACUUUGACAUGGAAAGAUCAUCACUCUCUUCAUCAGCUAAAAGGCGUGGUAUAAAGAAAAGAGUAGUAGAAAUUCCAAUGAAGGAUGUGGAAGGGACUAAUACUCCACCGUCCGAUUCAUGGGCAUGGAGAAAAUACGGUCAAAAACCCAUCAAAGGUUCCCCUUAUCCAAGAGGAUACUAUAGAUGUAGCAGUUCAAAGAGUUGCCCAGCGAGAAAACAAGUAGAAAGGAACCAUGUGGACCCCACGGUGCUUCUUGUAACAUACACUUCCGAUCACAACCACGCCGUGCCGGCACCUAGAAACUACCGCAACACAAGCAACGCCGCCGCAUCAAACAAAGACUCCGAAUCAGAACAAGAACCAGAAACAGAACCGGAGGAAAGGUUUACGGAUCUUGGUGAGGAGCCGUUGAUCUCCCCUACGGAUGAGUUAGGCGGAUGGUUGGGAGAAGUGGAUGCGAUCGCGUCACCGGCGGGUCUGGAAUGUCCGGUUUUCUCGGAGGCGGAAGUUUCGAUGUUGGGAGAAGAGGAGAUGUCGUUAUUCGCGGAUCUCGGUGAGUUGCCGGAGUGUUCGCCGGUGUUUUGGAGAGGGAGGAGGAGUAGCGACGGCGGUGCCGGUGAUGUUAGUGUGGGACCACUUGUUGAGGCAAAUUGCUCCUUGUGACACGUGUCGUAACGGUUUCGUUGUUACACCGUUACUUUUACAAUUAGUUUUUUUUCCGGGUUUGUUGGGUUUAGUUUGGAUGGGAAGAAAGAAAAAUAGUACAAGUGGAUAUAUGCAGUUGAGAGAUUCUGUCCCCACGUGCUUGUAAUUAUUAUCAAACCACAUUAUCCUAAUAAGUGAUUAAGUUAAUUAAUUUGGAUGUUGAUUCAA